AAUCCAUCAGUAGAAAAUAUAAACUCAAAUUCCUCCAUAUCUACUCUUUAUCCUGUAUCUUAUGUAUCUGUUGAUUUUGCGCUUGGUUUACUAAUGUUUGGUCGUGUUUAUUUAUUAUGUCGUUUUAUUAUAUUUCAUUCUCAUUUAUUUCUUGAUACAUCAACACGAUCCAUUGGUUAUCUUAAUAAAAUAUCAAUUGAUUAUUUAUUUCUCAUUAAAGUUUACCUUCAACAAUAUCCAGUUAGUUGUUUAAUGUCAUUUUUUAUAAUUGUCUUUCUUAUUGGAAGUUGGUGUUUACGUGCAUGUAAUUACACAUCAACUAAUGAACAUAUGUCAAUGCUUAAUGCCAUGUGGUUGUUCAUUGUAACAUUUCUUACUGUUGGUUAUGGAGAUUUCGCACCAUCUACAUACUGUGGACGAACUAUUGCUUCUUUAAUUGGUUUAUUUGGUAUCCUUAUAACUGCUCUUGUUAUUACUGUUCUUACACAAAAACUUUUGUUGAAUCGAUGGGAAAAAUAUGUCCAUAGUUUUGUAUUAAAUGUUGAAUUAGCAAAAAACCGUAAAAUGCAAGCAGCAAAUGUUAUUAAAUUUGCAUUGCAAGUUUGGAUUUUGAAAAAGAAAAAUGUAUCUAAAUCAUCUAUUCGAUAUCUUCGAGCACAACGAAAUUUAUUUCAAUCAAUACAUUUCCUUCACGAAAUUAAACAAAAAGAAGGACAACAAGUUGACAAUUGUGUUGAUCAAAUUGAUGUAGUCUCUGUACAACGUAAUACAAGUGCUCAAGUACGAAAAAAUGAGUGUCUACAUGUUAAAUUACUAAUCAGUCGUGUUAUUUAUCAAGGUAAAUAUAAGAUGGCUGAUAUUAAUGAUACUUGCAUACAAUUGAUGCGUCUGAUUAAUGUUGACUCUUCAUCACAUAAUGAACGGAAGAAUUCUCUGAAUAUAGUUUCAUUACCUUCUACAAAAAUUGUUACUAUUGAUUCAAAUGUUCCCAAUAACAAAGACAUUCAUCCACAAAAUGUGUACAAGAAUCGGAAUAAUGGAAAUACAUCAUUCUCUAAGAUUAGUCAUCGACUAACUAUACGAAAAAACUUACAUAAACAACUUUGUAUCGUGACUGAUAUCAUGUGUAUUCUUGGUAUUUUGGGAAUUAUUCUUAUGAUGAUUGAAAAUGAAAUAACAUUUUCUCAAGUCAAUGAUAAAGAUACCAUCUGGAGCUGGUCUAUCAAAAUAGUUAUUAGUUCUUCAACGAUUGUUCUCAUUGGGUUUAUCUUUCGAUAUCAUCGAUUAGAUUUAUCUCUCUAUGCUGUUAAUAAUUCAAUUGAAGAUUAUCGUAUUGCAAUAACGUACAAGAAAAUAUUUUUAAUUCUACUUGAAAUAUUAGUUUGUGGUAUACAUCCAAUGCCUCGUUCUUUUCCUUGCUGUUUGAGUCCAUCAGUAGAAAAUAUAAGCUCAAAUUCAUCCACAUCUAAUUCUUCUUCUUCUUCUUCUUCUUCUUCUUCUUCUUCUUUGUCUGUUUUAUCUACUGAUGUUGUACUUAGUUUUCCAAUGUUUGCUCGUGUUUAUUUACUGGGUCGUUUUAUUAUGUUUCAUUCUCCACUAUUUCCUGAUAUAUCAGCACGAUCAAUUGGUUAUCUUAAUAGAGUAUCAAUUGAUUACGUAUUUCUCAUUAAAACUUAUCUUCAACAAUGGCCAACACGUUGCUUAACGACACUUUGUAUAAUUAUCUUCUUUGUUGGAAGUUGGUGUAUACGUGCAUGUGAUUACACACCAACCAAAGAACAUGUAUCAAUGCUUAACGCCAUGUGGUUUUUCGUUGUAACAUUUACUACUAUUGGUUAUGGAGAUUUUACACCAUCUACAUACUGUGGACGAACUAUUGCUUCUAUAAUUGGUUUAUUUGGUAUCCUUGCAACUGCUCUUCUUAUUACUGUUCUUUCACAAAAACUUCUGAUGAAUCGAUGGGAAAAAUAUGUUCAUAGUUUUGUAUUAAAUGUUGAAUUAGCAAAAAAACGUAAAAUACAAGCAGCAAAUAUUAUUAAAUUUGCAUUUCAAGUUUGGCAUUUGAAAAGGAAAAAUGUAUCUUUAUCCUCUGUUCUUUAUCUGCAAGCACAACGACGAUUAUUUCAAUCAAUACAUUCGAUUCACGAAAUUAAACAAAAACAAGGACGACAAGUUGACAAUUGUGUUGAUCAAAUUGAUAUAAUCUCUGUACAACGUAACAUAAGUGCUCAAACAUAUGAAGUCUCAGAGCAAUUGAAGAUAAUGAAAGUUAAAAUUGAUAAAAUAGAAGACAAACUUGUUGAGAUGGACAUAAAUAUAAACAAUACGAUAAAGGAUAUGCAAAAAACACUGAAUAUAUUGUUGGAUAAAAUUUCAAAAUAA